AUGAGUAUAAACCAUUAUGAGGUGCUGGAGAUUUCCAGAAAUGCAACCGACGCCGAGAUAAAAAAGUCCUACCGACGGCUGGCGCUGAAGUACCACCCGGACAAGAACAAAAGUGCGUCGGCGGAGGAAAAGUUCAAGCAAAUCAAUGAUAGCUAUGGCGUGCUGUCCGAUCCAGUCAAGAAAGCCGAGUUCGACAGAACAUAUACACCGCGGACGACGCACAACUACUCUUUCACACCCAAAGCCUCGAAACAGCCGUCGGCGUACGACGAGUACGAGAGAGCAAGACGACAGUUUGAGGAGUUCAAGAAGAGGCAACAGCAGGAGCGAAAGGCUCGCGAGGAGGCUCACAAGAAGCAGGCGGACGAUUGGGCCAACAAAUGGAACUAUACGGAUAGUUUUUACCACUACAGCAGAUACUCCUCCGACCGUCACGAGACACACAGACAAUAUACCCAUGAAAGCCACUCGACCAAUGGCCCGAACGGGUGGCGCAAGACCAGUUCCUCCUAUUCCUUCACUCCCGGAGAAAAGACGUGCCCUGGGUCGGUGCCAAAGACCGAAAAGCCGAGCAAAUGGACCGACAAGGAGCAAAAGCCGCGCAUGAGCACAGAUUUUGCGGAUAUUCUGAAGGACUUCAGCACGCCAGAGUUCAAAUUCGAACGCCACACCGGUCCCGAGGCCGCCCCGUUCAACGGAACUCCCGAAGACCCCAUAAUACUCGACAGUGGGACGAAAGAAGAUCCCAUCGUGGUGGACGACCCGCCUUCGCGCACACAUAGCCCCAAAAAGCCCAAACAGAGGUUCUGGAAGCCCGGCCCGCAUCAACGGUUCACUAAUAGAACAGCCAUGGAGGAGGAGGGAGAACAGAGAGCGCGUAAGGCGCAGAUGGAGGACGCCGACGAUGAGAGGUUCAAAAUACACGUGGACAACGUUCCUCCUUUCACUCAGACAAACGGCAACUUCAACAUGUCAGCUAUGGGAGAAAGUCUUGGGGUGGACACCGACAUGAGUGUGGACGAGGAGAAGGACAUGCGGUCUGAGGAACCUGAUGCAAACGUGCCUCCUCUUACAUUAUCGGAUCUCCAGUGCAACGAAGCAGACAUAAUCCACAUUUCCCCGCCGCCUUUUCCCGAGUUUGGGCUGGCCACACGCGACCAGCUGCAGCGCCGCAUGCAAGAGUACCUGAUACAGGUUUUCAACUACCAGCACCUGAUGGCCAAAUACCACCAGGCGCGACAGGAAGCCAACGCUAGGUGUAUGGACCGAAUAGUCGCGAGCCAGGCCAACUUUCAGACGUAUUUGCAGAGCUUCCGGCUUGACGAGGUGCUGAACAGUGCGCAAACGCAGUUUCUGCAGGGACACGCCGAGGUGUUGCGACGGUACGAGCUCGAACUGUCCAAGUACGCCUGA